AAAAAAGUAAGAUGUGGUCCUUACUGAUUCAGAUUUGUAAACAGUUUCAAUCAAAAAACUAAUCAAGAUUAAACCAAACUAGACAAAACUGUGAGUGUGAGAUAAUAAUUCGCUUCUACUGAAAUGAGCUGUAAAAAUUAAAAAAUCACGGCUACACUUGCGCUGACACCAGGAAGUUUAAAGAAGAUGUAAAAUAAAUCACAUCUACAAGUCUGAUCUGAUGAUGCAACCUUCAAAGAAAUUGAAACGAAUGGAGAACAAGAAGAGGAAAUUGGCAGCUCUGUUAGAAAUAACUGAACGGAAUGACAAGGAGCGGGCAGAGGUUGUGCAAUCUCUACCCAAUGGUCCUUCUGGUGAUUAUUCUUUAGAAAGUUUGAAAAGCCUCAACAAAGCAAAAACACCUCAAAAACAAGAUUUUGAACAUGAAGAAGGGGAAAUGAUGGAAGAUAUAGUUGACCAUGAAGACCGUAAGAAAACUAAAAGUCCACACAAAAAGAAAAAAAGAAAAUCCAAGCAUAAUGAUGUUAGUGAAACAGAAGAAAAACGUAAACAUUCAAAAUCUUGUGACCAAGUGGAUUAUGAAGAAUGGCCUUCAUUGGACUCAGCUGCCAAAGCAAAAAAGAAGAGGAAGCAUUUGGAUAGUCCAACAAAAGAUGAUCAAACCAUGAAAAGCAAUGGUAAAAGGUCAUCAAGUUUUAUCGACGAACUCGAGAGUUUUAAAAAAGACAUGGAAAGAACCAAAAAAAUGAAAGAGAAAAAAGAUAAAAAAGUAAGAACGAAAAAUCUGGUACCUGCUUACAACUCAGAAGAUGAAAAUGGUGAUGAAAAGAAAGAAGAUGAGGGAUCAGCUGAUAAAAAUGAAGAAGAUACAAAUGAAGUAGAUGAACUAGCUGAAUUAAGAAAGCUGCUGAGAGAGAAGAAAAAACUAUUGAAGGAAUUUCCAAUGGUGAAGCUAAAAGGAGUGGGGACUGAGGCAGACCUUGACAGAUUUGCUGAAGGAAGUCCCCGAACUCCCGUUCUACCUUGUGAUGUUCAGCAUUUCCUCAUGUUCUCGCAGCUUGGAGAGGAUUGCCCCAUUCCUAGGGGCUCCAGAAACUGGAUAGAGUUGAAGAAGUUCAAAAGCCUGACCAAGACUGUGGUUCUGGUAGUGGAAGGCCUCUCCACGUACGACUACUUCAGCUCUGAGUCGUCGUGUCCCACGCUACAGACGAUGGACGUGAAGGCAGAGAUGGUCUCUCCAUACCUGUACAACGCCAACAUCGUAGAGGAGCUGUGCGCCGUCGCACUCACCAAGAAACAGAAGAGGGAACUGGAGAAGAAAUUUGGGAAAGAGAUUUGCCCAGAAGCCUUACAGACGGAUCGGGUGAUAAAGGUCCUUAGGAGUGCGUUUUCCAUCACUUCCGCUCCCAAGACUGUCUCGGAGCUGGUGGAGGAGAGAGUUGAAGUACCUGAGGGAGAUAGGUUCCCAAGGACAGAUCUGUUGUUGUCUGUGUGGCAAUUGAUAGAGGAAGGAUAUCCACUACCUUACGGCCACGACGGGCUCGGAAACAGGUACCCAGAUUAUGUUAUGACCAAAGAUGAGUACAAAGAAGUACAUGCUAACUCCCCCAUGUGGGCGCUCGACUGUGAAAUGUGUCUGACAAAAGCUGGCAAUGAACUGACGAGAGUCUCGGUGGUGGAUGAGAAUCACAAGACAGUCUACGAGUCGUUCUGUCUCCCUCGCAACCCCAUCAUAAACUACCUGACGGAGUUCUCUGGGAUUACUCCAGAGAUGUUGAAAGGAGUGAAAAUCCGGCUGGAGGACAUCCAGAGGGAUCUAAGGGAGCUGUUCCCGUCGGACGUCAUCCUGGUUGGGCAAUCACUCAAUGGUGAUAUGCACGCUCUGAAGAUGAUGCACCCAUACAUUAUUGACACCAGUGUGAUAUUCAACCUGACGGGCAAUAGACGGUACAAGAGCAAGUUGGCUAAGCUGACUCAGGAGUUUCUCAAUGAAGCAAUCCAACAGAGGGGAGCUCUAGGUCACGACUCAGUAGAGGACAGCAUUGCUGCUCUCAAACUGGUGCAGCACAAACUGACCAAGAGCAUUGAGUACGGAGAUGCAGUGUUAUCUGGGUUACCGGAGUAUAAUGCGACAACAAAGACGACAAACACUUCACUCGACUCCAGCCACCUGGAGCAUGGAGCAGAUGAGUUUGAUGACAUCAAGGUAGAAGUUGGUCCAACAUUGGCUACAAGUCUGUUCAAACACUUCACUAUGAGCAAUAGAAAAGCUACUAUAAUUAGCCAAGAUGACAUUCUAGCUGAGUACGCUACGUUUGUUGCGGCUGCGCUCAAGGAAAACAAAAAGUUAGUGACGACUGUGACAGCCGACAGUAACAGCGACAUUAUUAUCAGAACUGGGGAAGAGAGUAAAAAGAAUGACUUCACCAUGGCCCACAUGGUAUUGAAUGAGGAAGACGACAUUGCAUUGGUUGACACCUGGUUAGAGAUGCUCACAGACAAUGGAUCUGACAACUCUCUAUUCAUCACAAUCUUUGUCGGCUCUCACAAAAACCUCUGUAAUGGCGCCUGUUUUGUGAAAAUCAAGAAACCCCCUGUAAAACACCUACCUGCGAAGCGCCGUCUGGCUGAUUGAUCAGAAACAUGAUUCUGAAGCAAAAGUUUUAAAUUUAUGAUGUAUUUUCUAAAUAAUUAUGCAUUUGCUAAUGACAGUUUUUUAUUAAAUGCAAUUUUGGAAAACAAAAACUGAGGCCAGGUCUCAUGGUAAUACCUAUUUUUAAGCUAUUACAGUAGGUCUCAUGGCAAGACCUAUAAGCUAUUAACGUCUCCAUCCCAGGCAGGAUGGAUUGUAUACAUAUUAUAUGUAUACAUUUUAAUUUUGACCAAAUUUGAACAUUUUGAUUAUUUUCCACUUUUUUAUUUAUUUUAUUUUUUAUAUGCAAAAAACAAUAUUUGUUAAUUUUAACAAAAUUCCUUUUGGGAAAGUACUUAUUACUGUAGGUGGCACGGUAAGACCUAGAACUGGGAUUAAUGUACUUUUUCAUUUUUAUCUCCCCAGAGGCGAUAAACACUAUUGGUUCAAAAUUGUAUAAAUGUAUGAAAUUUUACAUUUAUUCCAAGUAGGCCUAAUUUUUGUGAGGGAAAAUGUAUUGUGCUUUGGAGACUACUUUUGAACAUUAUUGAAGAGGGCUAAUUUGGCUUAGGGUUCCCCAGAGAUAAUCAAUGUGACCGCAACACUCCAUGAGAAGUUGUUCACAUUUCAACACAACCGUUAAUAAUUACAACUGACAUCUCAGCACAUUAGCAAGUACAACAAACGUAAAAUUAAGUUGUGCUGGCUUCAGUCGUUUUAUUUUAUGUUCUGACACUGUGGAAACCAAAAAAUUUUUUAUAAAAUAUGUGUUUCUAAAUUUUUGGAUUAUAUUUGGUUUGACGGUGUAAGGCGGGAUACACUUGAAUGAGUUUGUUAACCAGCAUAAUCGGAUGAUGGGAACGGGGUUUUAUGAAGCGUUUAAAAAACACACUUUAUUAGCCUCCCUGUAGCAGAAAACCUAGGUACUUGUUUAACUUAAUGUUAUUUAAAUAGAUUCAAUUGUAUAUCAAUUCAGGCAAAUGGAAAUUCGCUUAGUCUGCAGGUUUGCUGCGACAGUUUUAUUGUUAUUUAGUGAUUGGUCUUAAAUAGUGUUAUUUGAUAAAUAACUUUUAUGUUUGAUGAAUUGUUUUGUUUUGAGGUUAAAUUGUUCUUUUUGUAUAGUUAGUUAUAAUGUAGGGAAAUUUUGUAAAUACAAAGUGCUAUAAGAAUUGUGUACCUAGUUAAUAAAACUGAUA